AUGUCUGAUAACAAGAAAGAAAGCGAAGAAGUAUAGACUACUAAUUCUUCAAAUAAGAAAUCAAUCAGAUUUUUACAAGAAUAGUAUGAACAAGAUGAUUAAAUUCCAUCAGGAAACCUUUAAAAAUCAGUGAACACAAGCAGAGCAGUAAGUGACUCAACACGCGAAGGAGAGGAAAGAGAGGAAGAUAUUGAUGAUAUCGUUGGUGAAAAUUAAUCAAAAUUUAAACAUAUUAAGAGUAUUGAUGUUAUUCUACCAAACUGUGAAGAUAAAUUGACUGAAACAGUUUCUCCUUCCAAGAAAGUAGAAAAAAGUUUAAAUGCUAGCAGUCUACAAAGUGAAAACUAAGAUGAUAAUCUCUCAGUUCAUUUUGGAGGAUUAGAAAUUUUAGAUGAUAAUGAAGGUGAACUUCCUAAGUUUGAAUAUGAACCUGAUGAUGUUCCCAUGAAAAGUAUUCUGAAAAACGAUUUAAAUCGCUCAAGAAAUAUAUCGUUCGAUGUUAGAAUGCUAAAAGACAUUGAAGGCAAGAUAAUUAGUCAUGAUAAUUUAUCUAUGAAUCCUGAUGAUUAAAUUGAUAAUGAUUUAAGAAAUUCGAUAUUAAAAAACUGUUAGUUUAAUGAAGAUUCUAUUAGUUAAGGUAGAUCUUAAGGCUCUGGCAUCAUGAAUAAAAGUAUAGAUUCAAAUGAAGAUGAAGAUGAUUAUUUCUAGGAUGAAAAUCAAAACGAAAAUAAAAUUGAGUUUCGUAAUAGAUUAGAUAGUGAAGUUAGAUUUAAAUUAAUUCCUACUGUUUAGGAAGCUUCUGAAAAACCAAUUGAUACUAGCAUUGCUAAAAGAAAUUCUCUACUUUUCCCAGCUUAUUCUAUUUUAAAGAAUAGUCCUCUUGUGCAACCUUCUGAGUUCAAAUCACUCAAAUAAAUUGAAAAGGUGGCCAACCAUAGCCAUCGUAACAGCACUGAUUAAAAUGCAUAUAAGAUAAAUUAAGAAAAUGAAAGUGGAGAAGAUAGUGAGGAUAGUCAAGACAAUGAAGAAUCAGAUGUUCGUUUUGUUGGUGAUAUUGUCCUUCAAGAUGAAAGUGCCUAUAAAUUUAAGUAUAACCCUGAAGAAAACCCAAAGAAACCUAUUAUUAAAAGAGGUUCAUGCAUGACUCAUGCAAUGACUCCAACAGCUAGCGUAUCUUCAUAGUUUGCAUCAAUAGCUUUUUCUAAUGUUAAGAAUGAAGAAAAUAAAAGAAAGCGCAUGUCUUAUGACUUCUUGAAUCUUAAGAAUGUAGAUGGAAAAGUUAUUAAGCACUGGUAGCAAAAAGUAAUUGAAGACACAAAUCUUACUGAAGAUUAAAAUAGAGAUAUUAAGUUUGGAGGGAUUGAAAUUCUUGAAACAGAUAAGCUAGGGGACUAGGUCAAUAUUGCUUCUAAAUCUAUUAAACCCCAAAAACCUAUUCUUAAAACUUACAGGGGACGUAGUUGCUCAUUAGACUUCAAAAAGCCUAUUAAAAAUAUAGAUGGUGUUUACAUUCGUAAAACUCAAAAUCAAGAAGGAGAUGAUGAUGAAGAGGGCGAGAAGGUUGUUCAUUUUGGUGAAGUAGAAUAAGCAGAAGAAAAUGUAGCUAAUAGUGGCAAUACUUGUGGCAAUAAUAUAGCAUAAAAUCAGGCUAAAUAAAUAUCAAUAAAUUUAAAUUUAAUUCGUUAGUAUAACUCAUAAUAAACUGAGGAAUAGUAAAAAUAGAACGAUGAAUAAAAUAAAAAAUCUAUCUUGAAAAGAUCUUCAAGUGUGCAAAUGAGAAAACCACCUACUUUUAAUUCCUCCAAUGACAAUACUCCAACCACUAAAAAGAAAAGUAAUUUCUCUAAUCGUAAAAUUGAAAUCAAAGAGAAUCUAGGUUUCGAUAUUCCUACUUCUGAAAUCUUCACUGCAAACUGGACUUCAAUCCGUAACGACUACAUAGAGUCUGCAUUAAAAUUUUUAGUGAGGAUAGAUACUAAAAAUUUACCUUAAAUUUUCUAACAUGGAAUGCAGCCUCAAUUAUUCAGCCAAAUUAUCGAAGUUCUACAUGAAAGGACUGAAAAUGAUGCUUUUGUCAAAUCUUACAUAGAAAACCUUUACAAAAUUAAGAAUUUCUAGUCUCUCCUGUACAUAAAUAAGUAUCAAUAAGAUAUAAUCUAAGAAAUUCUUGAUUCACUUGAAUAAAACCAUUCUAUUGAUGAGAAUACUUACAAUUAGCUAUGCUCAAUCUAUAUAUUAAAGUAAAGUGAUUGA